CGGGCGCUGACUGCUGUGUCCGUGCGUUCCGCAGCCUGGGAGCCCGCGCCGCCGCGCCCGGGCCGCCGGCGAUGAUCACCUAGGAGGCUGGCUAGGCUACACGUGGGCAUGGAGCGGGACACGGCGGCGGCCGAAGAGCCCGCGGUCCCCGGGCGCCGGCUGCGGCGCCGGGAGGGCAGGACCCGCACGGUGCGCUCCAACCUGCAGCCGCCCCCGGGCGCCGAGGACCCCGCGGCCAAGGGCGCUCGGCACCUGGCCGACAACCGGCUCAAGACCACCAAGUACACCGCGCUGUCCUUCCUGCCCAAGAACCUGUUCGAGCAGUUCCACCGCCUGGCCAACGUGUACUUCGUCUUCAUCGCGCUGCUCAACUUCGUGCCGGCGGUGAACGCCUUCCAGCCCGGCCUGGCCUUGGCGCCGGUGCUCUUCAUCCUGGCGGUCACGGCCUUCAAGGACCUGUGGGAGGACUACAGCCGCCACCGCUCCGACCAUGAGAUCAAUCACCUGGGCUGCCUCGUCUUCAGCAGGGAGGAGAAGCGGUACGUGACCCGCUUCUGGAAGGAGAUCCGCGUGGGCGACUUCGUGCGGCUUCGCUGCAACGAGAUAAUCCCCGCAGACAUCCUGCUGCUGUCCUCCAGCGACCCGGACGGGCUGUGCCACAUCGAGACCGCCAACCUGGACGGGGAGACCAACCUGAAGCGCCGGCAGGUGGUGCGCGGCUUCUCGGAGCUCGUCUCCGAGUUCAACCCUUUGACCUUCACCAGCGUGAUCGAGUGUGAGAGACCCAACAACGACCUGACUAGAUUCCGGGGCUGCAUCAAGCACGAGGACGGGGAGAAGGUGGGGCUGCACAAGGAGAACAUGCUGCUGCGAGGAUGCACCGUCAGAAACACAGAGGCCGUCGUCGGCAUUGUCAUCUAUGCAGGACACGAAACCAAGGCCCUGUUGAACAACAGUGGCCCCCGCUACAAGCGCAGCCGGCUCGAGCGUCAGAUGAACUGUGAUGUCCUCUGGUGUGUCCUCCUCCUCGUUUGUAUGUCUCUGUUCUCAGCGGUUGGACACGGACUGUGGGUACAGCGGUACCAAGAGAAGAAAGCCUUAUUUGACGUCCCCGAGCCUGACGGCAGCUCUUUGUCCCCAGUCACAGCUGCAGUGUACUCAUUUCUGACAAUGAUAAUAGUCCUGCAGGUUUUGAUCCCCAUCUCCCUGUACGUCUCCAUUGAAAUCGUCAAAAUGUGCCAAGUGUACUUCAUCAACCAGGACGCAGAGCUGUGCGACGAGGAAACGGGCUCCCGGCUGCAGUGCCGCGCUCUGAACAUCACAGAAGACCUGGGCCAGAUCCAGUACGUCUUCUCAGACAAAACGGGCACGCUCACCGAGAACAAGAUGGUCUUCCGGAAAUGCACUGUGUCCGGCAUAGAGUACGAGCAUGAUGCCAACGCACAGCGGCUGGCCAGGUACCAGGAAGGAGACUCGGAGGAGGAAGACACGGUGCCCAGGGGGGGCUCGCUGCCCCAGCGUGGCAGCACUGGGAGCCACCAAAGCGCCCGCGGGCUGCACAGGGCCCCGGGCACCACGUCGCACCGGCGCUCGGGCAGCCGGGCCGAGGCCAGGCGGGCCAGCAUGCUGUCCAAGCACACGGCCUUCAGCAGCCCCAUGGAGAAAGACAUCACACCCGACCCGAAGCUGCUUGAGAAGGUGAACGAGUGUGACAGGUGCCUGGCCAUGGCGAGGUGCCAGGAGCACCCGCUGGCCCACCUCUCGCCCGAGCUGGCUGACGUUUUCGACUUCUUCAUCGCGCUCACCAUCUGUAACACAGUGGUGGUCACGUCCCCAAACCAGCCACGACAAAAGGUGAGGGUGAGGUUCGAGCUGAAGUCCCCGGUGAAGACCAUAGAAGACUUCCUGCGGAGGUUCUCGCCCAGCCGCCUGACCUCGGGCUGCAGCAGCCUCGGGAACCUGGCCACCACCAAGGCCACCCACAAGUCGGGGUCCAGCUCCCUGUCCGCUCUGUCCUCUGAAUGCUCGCUGCUCAGAGUGGAGGACCAGCUGGGCGGCCCGGCGCCGGUCAUCACCAGCAACGGCUACAGCAGCGGGGCGGCCGGCUGGGCCCCGGACCCCAAGCCCGAGCUGCGCUACGAGGCCGAGAGCCCCGACGAGGCGGCUCUGGUGUACGCGGCGCGCGCCUACAACUGCGCGCUGGCCGGCCGGCUGCCCGACCAGGUGGCCGUGGAGCUGCCGCACCUGGGCAGGCUCACCUUCGAGCUCCUGCACACGCUGGGCUUCGACUCCAUCCGCAAGAGGAUGUCGGUGGUGAUCCGGCACCCGCUCACCGACGAGAUCAACGUCUACACCAAGGGGGCCGACUCGGUGGUGAUGGACCUGCUGCUGCCGUGCGCCUCAGAUGACGCCAGAGGGAGGCAUCAAAAAAAAAUCCGCAGCAAGACGCAGCACUACCUGGACAUGUACGCCGUGCAAGGCCUGCGGACCUUGUGCAUUGCCAAGAGGGUUCUCAGUCAGGAGGAGUACGCCUGCUGGCUGCAACGCCACUUAGAAGCGGAGUCCUCCGUGGACAACCGCGAGGAGCUCCUCUUUCAGUCGGCCAUUCGCCUGGAGACGAAUCUGCACCUGCUGGGUGCCACCGGGAUUGAAGACCGCCUGCAAGACGGAGUCCCUGAAACCAUCGCCAAACUGCGUCAGGCGGGCCUGCAGAUUUGGGUCCUCACCGGUGACAAACAAGAAACGGCCAUUAACAUUGCGUACGCCUGCAAACUGCUGGACCACGACGAGGAAAUCAUCACCCUGAAUGCCGAGUCCCAGGAGGCGUGCGCAGCUCUGCUGGACCAGUGCCUACACUACGUGCAGUCCAGGGGCCCCCACAGCGUCCCAGAGAAGACCACUGGCUACAUUAGUGUGGGGUUCUCCCCUCUCUGCCCGCCCUCUGAGCCCGCCACCUCCGGCCCCUGCCUGAGCCUUGUGAUUGAUGGAAGAAGUCUGGCCUACGCCCUGGAGAAGAAUCUGGAGGACAAAUUUCUCUUCCUCGCCAAGCAGUGCCGCUCGGUGCUUUGUUGUCGCUCAACACCCCUGCAGAAGAGCGUGGUGGUGAAGCUGGUCAGAAGCAAGCUCAAGGCCAUGACUCUGGCCAUCGGGGAUGGAGCCAAUGACGUCAGCAUGAUCCAGGUGGCAGAUGUGGGCGUGGGGAUCUCUGGCCAGGAGGGCAUGCAGGCAGUGAUGGCCAGCGACUUUGCGUUGCCCCGAUUCCGUUACCUGGAGAAACUGCUGAUUGUCCAUGGACAUUGGUGUUACUCCCGCCUUGCGAACAUGGUGCUCUACUUCUUCUACAAAAACACAAUGUUUGUGGGCCUCCUGUUCUGGUUCCAGUUUUACUGUGGCUUCUCUGCGUCCGCCAUGAUUGACCAGUGGUAUCUGAUCUUCUUUAACCUGCUCUUCUCGUCGCUUCCCCAGCUCGUGACUGGGGUGCUGGACAAGGACGUGCCAGCCGAUGUGCUGCUGACCAAGCCUCAGCUCUACAGGAGUGGCCAGAACAUGGAGGAAUACCGGCCCCGUACCUUCUGGGUGAACAUGGCCGACGCUGCCUUCCAGAGCCUGGUUUGCUUUUUCAUUCCUUACCUGGCCUACUACAACUCCGACACAGACCUGUUUACCUGGGGGACCCCCAUCACCACCAUCGCGCUGCUCACCUUCCUGCUGCACCUGGGCAUUGAGACCAAGACCUGGACCUGGCUCAACUGGAUGGCUUGCGGCUUCAGUGUCCUUUUAUUUUUCUCUGUGGCUUUUAUUUACAAUGCUUCCUGUGCCACGUGUUAUCCUCCGUCCAACCCCUACUGGACGAUGCACACAUUAAUGGGCGACCCCGUGUUUUACUUGACUUGUCUCCUAGCGCCCGUCGCUGCACUGCUGCCCAGAUUGCUUUUCAGAGCUCUGCAGGGGAGCCUUUUCCCCACCCCGCUUCAGCGGGGACGCCAGUUGGCCAAGAGGUCCCCCAAGAAGCUCAGCGCUCCCAAAGAGACUCAGGGACCCCACGUGGGAGAAGCGAGAACUGACCCAUCAGAGCCCAGGAGCGUCAGCGCCUCCAGGCCCCACUCCCAGGACUACACGUCGCAGGCGUCCUGGCGCCGGCAGCAGCCAGCCUGCUCCCGAGAGGCCAGCGGGGAGCCCAGCGUGGUGGACGUGAGCGUGCCUCUGAGGGAGGCCCCGGGGUCCUCCGCGGCUCCGGAGAGGUAUCCUGGGGACUCCAGGACAAAGCCCAGCAGGCCAGCCCCGCUCGCGUCCAUCUUCAGCCUGCCCGGCUUCGGCUCACUCCGCUGGGUUUCCUCCCUGUCGCUGGUCAGUGGGCUGGGCAGUGUCCUGCACUUCUCCCGAAGUAGUUUACAGGUGGACAAGCAGGAUGGCGAGUUCUUGCCCCGCCGCCCACGGCCGGACCGGGACCUGUGUGGCCUGACUGCUGCUAGCAAGCAGAAGCAGGCCACGGACUACUUCUAGCAGCAUCUUCCAGGACUGCUGCUGACGGCCCUGGAAAUGGCCUUUUUUAUAACAGAGACGUUAACGUUAUUUAUGUUUAUUAUUUGCACAGAAGAGUUCUAGUGAGAUGUAUUUUAUACGUUUCCAAGGCUCACACAGGAAACGAAAGGUACCAAAAAAGAAAGUUUAUUUUUUAACAGUUCUAAGUAGAGUAUAUUGAAAAAGAAAAUUGGAGCUUUAAUGUAUAUAAAAGUUUAAAGAACAGUGACACUUGAAAAGUGUGUUUAGAUUUAUUUUUUCAUCUCAUUUUAUAAGAAAAUGCGGUAUGGUUGGUUUUCUUCAAUAUGGUGACCUUUGCUGCCCCCACGUGUAAAUGUGUGUGAGUGCAGUGAACCCCUGGUGGAGAGGGUAGGUGGCAGGGGGCGAGCACACAGCCCCCCACCGUCUGUCUCCCAGUUCCCACUGCGUGGGACGGCGGGGCCCCACUUCACCCCAAGAACACACGUGUGAAGUUCACCGUAACGUUCAAUUCUACGCAGGCAUUUUAUAAAAAUCACCUUGUAGGAACUGCCGUCCCUAUGUAGUGCCUUGACUGUCAAAAUCAUAACAAGCAAUAAACAAACUUCACUUUGCGAAGAGAGCGUGUCCCGUUGCCACUGUUGUGUAAAACUGUUAAUAUGUGACCUAACGAACAUGUUCUGAGGGGGGGGCGGGGGGCACUUCCUCUUGGCGAGUACUUUCAGACACCAUGCCGGAAACAGCUGGGUGACAUGCAGGCUGCACGUUGUGACACUGGGUUACAUACACCACAGUUCCUUGCACCAGGCCAUCAACACCCACCAGACCCUUCCUGCCAAGAGGCCAGGCUUUUUAAGUGUAUUUUUAGUCAUUUGUCUUAUGAGUCAUUGUUUCUGUCCCUCUAAACAGAGAAAGGGGGAGAAAAUGAUAAAAAUCCAAGGCAAUUAUAUACCGCUUCCUGUUCAGAGCCCUCGGUACAUGUUGCCAGCAGUUGUGAGUCGCCUGCUCUGCUCAGCCUGGGGAUGGGGCAGGCUGUGCUCCCCACUGCGGGCGCCUGUGGCCGCCUGUCCCACCCUCUUUGUUGGAACCAGAUCACAAGCUCCUUCCCAUGGCUGACUGCUGGGGCAGAAGGCCCACCCUAAAUAACCUCAGAACUACCAGUGGGGUCCUGGGUACGGGCCUGUGUGAUCUGUUCAGUGGUGACUCCCUGUGGACCUUGCUUUUGUCUUCUCCUCCCACCCCCACAACUGUGAUGUGGGGUGUGACUGAGCGUGCAUUCCUGCAUGUGUGUGUGUUGGGCGCGAUGACUAUAGGGUAGUUCUUAGAUCUGUCAUCUCUCCGCACAAAACUCAGCUGUCAGGCCGGCCUGUGGCUCAGGUGGUUGGAGCGCUGUGCUCCUAACGCCGACGUCACAGGUUGGAUUCCCACAUGGCCAGUGAGCUGUGCCCUCUACACCUAAGAUUGUGAACAACGGCUCUCCCUGGA